UGCCGCUGUUUGUCAACACGCUUCUUCCAGUACUCCAGCCUGGCUGGCUGUUACAGGACUGGUAGUUUUGCGACGGUCCCUGGCGGCAGACAUCAGGACUCGCUCAGCCCAGGGGAGGGUUGGAGCUGAGAUGGACAGGGAGGGAGACACCGGCUUACGACGUCAAAGGAGUCCACACACACACACUCACACUCAGAUAUACACAAGGAGAGGGAGAGGACAAGCCAGCAGACUGACAAUUCCCCACGGUCUCCUGAAGGAAGCCAAAAAUUCCAGUUAGUCUCAGCGCUCUUUCCUACAAGCCAAUCAGAAAACUGUUUGUUAGUAUUUAUUUUUUAUAAUUACCAUCAUCAGGUUGUUAGAUUUUAUUUGUACAGGGAAGAGAAGCGGCAGGAAAAAAAGGAGAAGCAGAACCAGGGGAAAAACACGCUCAUGCCGAAUAAAGGACCGUGUGUGGACGCACUUGUAACCGGAUUAAAAGACCAAUGAACUGAAUGAUAGAGAGUGAAUAAGUGAAGAAGAAGAGGAGGAGAGAGAAGAAAGGCGUCCACUGCUUCUGAGCGAUUCUCUGCCAUCAACAGCACCACAGACUUCUCAAUGAAGGAGCCUGACGCAAUCAAGCUCUUCAUCGGGCAGAUCCCCCGAAACCUGGAGGAGAAGGACCUGAAGCCCAUCUUUGAGCAGUUUGGAAAGAUCUACGAGCUGACGGUGAUAAAGGACAAAUAUACAGGGAUGCACAAAGGAUGUGCCUUCCUCACAUACUGUGCACGUGAGUCCGCCCUCAAAGCCCAGAAUGCACUGCAUGAGCAAAAGACACUACCAGGGAUGAACCGUCCCAUCCAGGUGAAGCCGGCCGACAGUGAGAGCAGAGGGGACAGGAAGCUGUUUGUGGGCAUGCUGGGAAAACAGCAGACGGACACCGACGUCAGAAAGAUGUUCGAGCCUUUUGGCAGCAUAGAGGAGUGUACGGUGCUGCGCGGCCCUGACGGUACCAGCAAAGGGUGUGCAUUUGUAAAGUUCCAGAGCAACGCAGAGGCCCAGGCUGCCAUCAACUCUCUGCAUGGGAGUCGUACUUUACCUGGCGCCUCGUCCAGCCUGGUGGUUAAGUUUGCAGAUACGGAGAAGGAGCGGGGACUCAGACGGAUGCAGCAGGUGGCCUCUCAGCUGGGCGUCAUCAGUCCCAUGACCCUGCACCUCGGAGCAUACAAUGCCUACACACAGGCUUUGAUGCAGCAGCAGGCCCUGGUGGCACAGUCGGCCUACCUCUCUCCUGUUGCCACGGUGGCGGCGGUUCAGAUGCAGCAGCUCGCCGCCCUCAACCCCAGCAGCAUCAUUGCCACGCCGAUAGCAUCCAUCACCCCCUCCUCAGGUACCAGCACUCCACCCUCCAUCGCCGCCACACCUGUUCCUGCUCUGCCUCCACCCAUCGCAGUGAACAGCUACCCCUCAGUGCCAGCUCCGCCCAACGGCCAAUCAGCAACUGAGACUCUCUACACCAACGGAGUUCAUGCUUACCAAGCUCAGAGUCCUGUCCUGGAUCCGCUACAACAGGCCUACACGGGCAUGCAGCACUACACAGCCGCCUAUCCUGCCGCCUACAGCCUGGUGGGACAGCCUUUCCCCCACCAGCCCACGCUGGUGGCUCAGCAGCCGCAGCAGCCGCAGCAGCUGCAGCAACGGGAAGGCCCUGAGGGCUGUAACAUCUUCAUCUACCACCUGCCACAGGAGUUCACUGACUCUGAGAUCCUGCAGAUGUUCCUGCCCUUUGGAAAUGUCAUCUCGGCAAAAGUGUUUGUUGACCGUGCCACAAACCAGAGCAAAUGCUUCGGUUUUGUAAGCUUCGACAACCCGUCCAGUGCCCAGACUGCCAUCCAAGCCAUGAAUGGCUUCCAGAUCGGCAUGAAGAGACUGAAGGUGCAGCUGAAAAGGCCCAAGGAUGCUAACAGGCCUUACUGAAUGAGGAAAAACCUAAGAGUUCAAUCAAGGAAACCACUUGGGAUGUCCCAGCCUUUGUUGGUUGUUUGACCAACCGUAUAGCACAGGAGCAACACAAAAAGCAGUGUCAUGUGUAUGCGCUUUCAGAAAACAACACAACAGCAGUAAUAAUAUUAACAAUAUUAUCAGCUACAACCUACAAAAUCCAGAACCCACAGUAUCAGAAGUGCUCCAGGGUUCCUACUGUAUCAUUCCACAGCUGGAUUCAUUUAUAUUACUAUGUACAUACUCUAUUGUCGGCAACGAGAUCUUACAUGUUAAGAAAAAGCAUAUCACUGAUGUUAUUCUACUGAACAGGGUUCUAAUGUAUAGUGUGAUUUGUGGUCUAUGGUGUCAACAGAAGGCCAGUCUGCAGUCAGAGGCAAAAGAAAAUACUAUUCUGUAUGAUUAACAUUGGUAAUAUUGUUAUGUAGAGUUAGUUUUAUUAUUUAUACGUAAUUUAAAAGAGAGGGGAAAAAACCCGGGGUUAUUAAAGUGGAAGAGAAAUAGAUGUCCUCUCGCUGUACAUACCUUGGUUUAAAAAUGGAGGUACAAGGACUUCAACUGUCUCAAGUCAAGGUUCUCUGCUGCCACUACUUUUCAAGUCAACAAAGCGGAAGGAAGGGCUGAGAAUUUUUCUAUCUUGAUUUUUUACGUUUAAUUUAUUCAGUAAUCAAUCCAACGAUGGGGAGAAGUUGUGAAAAUUUUCUUUUUUUUUAUUUAAGAUGGGGGUUUAAAAAAAAAAGAAUUAAUUCAGUCUACAGGACAAUGAAGACACUUAUAGAGUUUUUAAUUACAUAAAUGUACCUAUGGAAGUUAAAAAAACAAACAAACAAGCAUAAUGUUUCUUUA